GUUGUCAUGUGUGCAUCAGGCGAUGCCAUCCGGAGAAUAAUGCUUGCAGCCCACGAGCUCGGCAUGACCAACGGGGAAUAUGCAUUCUUCAAUAUCUUCCUCUUCGAUAGCAACUAUUUUGGAGAUGUGAGCUGGAAGCGAGGCGAUGAGUACGACCAAGAUGCCAAAGAGGCUUACCGGUCUCUCAUGACGUUCACACUCCGUAAGCCAGAUACACCAAAAUUCGCCACAUUCGCCAAGAAGGUCAAAGAACAGGCUUUGGCCAAUUACAACUUCAGCUUUGAUGCGCUGAACGAAGAGGUCAACACAUUUGUAGGUGCUUUCCACGAUGCCGUGAUUCUGUACGCCAUGGCACUGAACGAGACCCUGGAAGCCAAUGAGGACCCUCGAGACGGUAAAGCCUUGACUCAUCGGAUGUGGAACAGAACUUUUGAAGGUAUAAUGGGAAACGUGACAAUCGACGCUAAUGGUGACCGAGAGGCCGAUUAUUCGCUACUCGAAAUGACCGAUAUCGAAAACGGUGUAUUUACGGUUGCAGGACAUUACGAUGGUGUAGCAAAAGUGUACCAUCCUGUACCCGGUGUGACAAUCGACUGGCCGGGAAAAACACCACCUAAAGAUGUCCCUGAUUGUGGCUUUAAGGAUGAACUGUGCCCUGAAGACGAAGGCAAUUCUACUGUGAUGAUUAUGAUGAUAUCAAUGGCCGUCGUGAUCGUUAUAGCUGCAGUAAUAAUCAUCUACAUAGUCAGAAAGUACAGACUGGAGAUGGAAUUGGCCAACAUGGUGUGGAAAAUCAAAUGGGAGGACAUUACAUUCAACAACAAGAUGGACAAGCAGCGAAAAUUAACGGGCAGUAGGGCGAGUCUUGGAUCGGCUGAAUCGGGUCAGAGCGUGUGGGGAGGCAAUCAGCAAAUCUUCACCGUUACUGGUUACUAUAAGGGAAACAUCAUCGCAAUCAAAAAGGUCAAUAGAAUCCGAGUAGAGCUGACGAGGAACGUCUUGAUUGAACUUAAGCAUAUGAGAGACAUAUCACACGACCACGUGACGAAGUUUAUAGGAGCCUGUAUAGAUGCGCCGAACAUCAGUGUCAUGACAGAGUAUUGCCCGAAGGGUAGUUUGCAGGAUAUUUUGGAAAAUGACUCUAUCGAAUUGGAUGACAUGUUCAAGUAUUCCCUUUUGUACGACAUAGUCAAGGGCAUGCAUUAUCUCCAGAACAGCGUCAUACAGACCCACGGUAACCUCAAAUCCUCAAAUUGUGUCGUCGAUAAUCGAUUUGUGGUGAAGAUUACCGAUUUUGGACUGCACUCGUUCCGGGAACCAGACCAUCCGUUUGAACCUGAUGAGGACGAUCAAUUCCAGUAUUACCAGAAGAGGCUAUGGUCGGCACCGGAGCUCCUUCGUCUACCGGAGAUGCCCCUAGGUGGAACCCAAAAGGCUGAUGUAUAUAGCUUUGGUGUCAUUGUCCACGAAAUCAUAUAUAGAGAGAGUGUCUUCUACGUAGCUAAUGUAGACCUGUCGCCUAAAGAAAUCAUCCAGAAAGUGCAGCAGGGUAACAAGCCACCUUUCAGACCCACCUUAGAUCGAGCCACGUGUCCAGACGAGAUAUGCAAUUUAUGUAACAAGUGCUGGGCUGAGGACCCAGCCGAGAGACCGGACUUCGGCGGGCUCAGGGUCAUUAUGCGAAAACUCAACAAACAAAACGAGGGGCGGAGUCUAGUUGAUAAUCUACUCUCUCGUAUGGAGCAAUACGCAACAAACUUAGAGGCCCUAGUCCAGGAGAGAACUGAGGCAUUCUACGAAGAGAAGAGGAAGGCAGAAGAACUUCUUUAUCAGAUUCUACCUAGAGCAGUUGCUGAGGAACUGAAGAAAGGUAAACCUGUGACGGCUGAAACGUUUGAGAGUGUCACCAUUUACUUUAGUGAUAUCGUUGGUUUUACAAGUCUCUCUUCAGAAAGUACACCGUUACAGGUGGUUGAUCUGUUGAACGAUCUGUACACCUGUUUUGAUUCUAUCGUCAUGAACUACGACGUUUACAAGGUUGAGACGAUAGGUGAUGCGUACAUGGUGGCAUCUGGCUUACCUGUACGGAAUGGGGACUUCCAUGCCAGAGAGAUUGCCCGCAUGUCUCUCGCUCUUCUGAAUGCUAUCAAAAGCUUCAAGAUUCGACAUAAACCAGACAAAACGCUCAUGCUGCGAAUUGGUUUGCAUUCAGGUCCUGUGGUGGCUGGAGUGGUUGGUUUAAAGAUGCCCAGAUACUGUCUUUUCGGAGACACAGUAAACACAGCAUCACGUAUGGAAUCAAAUGGAGAAGCUAUGAAGAUUCAUAUGAGCUCCUACAUCAAGAAAAUCCUCGAUCUGUUUGGCACUUUCGUGAUCGAACUCAGGGGUGAAGUUGAAAUGAAGGGGAAGGGUAAACAGACGACGUAUUGGCUGAAAGGAGAGCUGAAAGACAAGAACGGAUUAUGCGAUUUUAAAUAUCAGGAAAUUUCCGUGUAAUCUUGGGGGAAAACAGUGUUAAGGGACUCCAGUGUAUAAAAAACAAAUGUCUUAGAAGAAGAAAAAUUCCAAAUAAAUACAUGCCUUCCUUUGAGAUUUGCAUUUUAACAAAAAUUCAUAUUAUGUGUACAUGUAAAUACAUUACAAAAGACUAACUGUGACGCGACUGGACCAACGUGUUGACCUGCAAACUGUGACAGUGACCUUUUAUUGAAUAUUCAUGACGACAGGCGCGUGCACUGCGAUAGACACGCCCACAUUUCUUUUCUGACUCACGGACAGUGACUUUAAUUAAAGAGACAUUCACAUAAUGUUUACAGACAAACGUUCGACUAGACUACAACUUCUGGAACUGAACUCUUAACUUUUUACUGACCACAGACCGUCGUGAAACCACUGUUAGUCGUAUUAUGAGGACGUGGGACAGAGGACGGUGACAAGGGUGACAAACGCAAGCAAGUUGACGAGACAUUUGACUGUGACAACAUGCACAUCUGCCAUAUUAGGGUCUCAUACUUAAAACCAAAGCACCAAAAGUCUCCAAACCGUUAAUGACAACGUGCAUCUUGUGUCAUGGUGAAAUCUGUAAGCCGGAGAUGCUGUCUCCAUUAUUGGAAAUUAUCAUUAGCUGAAGGAGGAUGAUACAAAAGAGGGCGCUGUCAGAAGAAGUUUGCGCACAGUUCGCCGUAUGAUGGGGACAGCAGAAUAUCCGGGGGACACAGAAUCUCAUGAGACACCGGGAACCAACAUAGACAACUAACUGACGGACCUGACUCAUGUAUCAUGAAGAAUUGGUUUUUUUUUUAAAGUCGAUGUUUAUGAUGUGGUCAUCUGUUGUAGGUGUCCUGUAUAUACAAUGAUUGUGAGUGUACUAACCCACGGUGUGGGUCCCAACUAUUUCACUUCCAGCCUCAAUUUGGUCAUAAUUAUUUGAAUGGACGAAGGGGCAAGAUGGCUCAAAUGGUCAGGUUCUAUCUGAGCCAAUUUGGACGAACGUUAUAGUCAGACCAUGCAUGCACGGACGACAGACUACAACUUUGUAACACUGAGUGGAUAUGAAGCACAGAUACACAUUGGUUUAACCUCGAAAGAAUUAAGAGUGACUGUCGCAUGAUUUUAGUCUAGAUUUUAGUCUAGAUACAAACUGUUGCCCAGUCCAAUCGAUAUUAAUCACACACAAAAACUAUCUUGUGAAUGAGCGAAGCCCGCCCUGUGCUUCAUAUCCGAUCAUUCAUUUCGACACAAUCUCUUGGAAACGAGGUUGUUUUUGGCUGACUAACGUCAUUACUGGAGACGUGACGUAUCUUGUACAGUGACAGACAAGUCAAGUUUGACACAAAUACUGACGUCUGACGUUAACUUUGUAAAUUGUAGUGUAGUUUUGAUGUUCAUGUUUCCGGUGAAUAAAAUUUCAGCAUCGUAAAGAGAAACAAAUAUAAGAAUUCAAAAGCUGACAAAAUCUCCAUCAUUCAGUACAAUAUAAAUUAUAUAGGUAAUUGAGAUCACAGUCUUUUGUUUUCUUUAGUCCCAAUGUAGGAGAUCUGUUUUGUUUUCCUAAAUUUACAAAGGAAGGCUGAAUAACAAUUCCUGAAAUGAAAGAAGGAUAUUUGGAAUUUGGAAUUUUUUUCUCAAGGACUGUGUUGUGAAUAAUAGUCAUACAUAUAUUUAACGAGACUUUGGCAGUGGGAUUUUUAUUGCAUGAAAUUGUAUUAAAUGUGAUUAUGUAAUCGGUCAAACCUUUCAACGUCAUCGUUGGUGAUGUAUGUUGGGAAAUGUAACAAGUGCUGUCACCUUUGACCUCCACCGUGAAUGUCGACUUUAUAAAGACACAAUAUUAAAAGCUGUAAAUAAAAAUGCUCUUUCUGACUCUAUGGCUGUACUUUCAAAAUUAAUACAUUUGGAAUAAAAAAGUAAUAAUGAUGAAUACAAAUUUUCAACAUUUCCUGAACAUGCAUCCUGUUAAUUUUACAGGCAUGUUUAAAUGGGGUAAUUAAAAUAACGUGUGUAUAGUACAAAGUUUAUUAUAGAUAUAUGACUGACAAUACUAGACUCGAAACGUCGAAUCUGUUUUCGAGACAACGACGUACAAUAUCCUUCCAUUAUCCUAGAAAGAGAACAACUCUCUGUAAAACGAACAGGUUACAAGUUUGACUAAACUAAACGUUGGUGGCAGGAACAUCUGAUUUAUUAAUGUACAUGUAGUAUUUUUUAUUAGCUUAAGGGGCCAAUGCUUAAUUUUCACCUGCUCUUGAUACUAGGCCGUGUCCGAAACGACGACUUCGGCUACAGCUACGUCUAGAUCAGCGCGUCUACCAGUGUUGAAGAAUAGCAGACGCGCGCGAUCUAGCCGUAGCUGUAGCCGAAGUCGCCAAUUCGGACGCGGCCCUAUACUACACUGGUACAUGUUGUACCGCAAGCUCCUCAUCUUUUAUGCCCUUGUCCAAAAAUGGAAUCUUGUCAAGUGGGCUAUUGUGACCAUUACUAAAUCUGUUCAGUCUAAAACGGGAAAAUUGAAAUUUGAAUCCCACCCGCCAUUGAUGUAAUGCAACUUAAAAACAUGUUAGUCUUCUUCACAAAAGGAUGUAGAGUUAAUAAUAGCAACUACCCACCCACCCACCCAGCUAAAUGCGUUGUUUAAAGCGUCGCAAAGGCGUGGGUUUUGAUGCUAAAAAAAAGCUGCGUGCUCAAAUCAAAACAAGAGAGACAUCUUCUUUUUGUGUUUGUAUAUUUUUGAAAAACGAACUAUAGAGUCUGUCUUGCUUGCAAGUUGUAACGCGUUGGCUUUGACAACCUUUUGAAAAUCGGGGUGCCCCAAGCAUGUUUUGUUGCUGUUUCUUACAUUUUGUGCGAAGACACAAUGACUUUUUACUCUUCUGCAAAGUGGUAAACAACCUGUGACGUCAUCAGAACUGUGACGUCAUCAGCACUAGGCCCUAAAGGUCUGUUAAAUGAGGUAUUUUGGGGCACAGCGACCUCGAUGCUUUGUCCUACUGCAGCCGUUAUGAAAACGCUUCAUGUUAAUAAGAAGGACUAGUUGACUGCAAGUGCUAUAGUCUAGUUUAGCAAUGAGAUUGGGUUCUCUCACAGUAUUCAUACUUUAUUAACUCAACGUGUUUUUAAUUGCCAUUUUAGACAAUUAGAAAUCAUGAUAAUCAACAAGUUGGGAGAGUAAUUUUGUGCAACAUGAUAGACUGUCAACGACGCUGUGUCCAGAAUAGUCAUGAAUUAUUUUUUAUUUUUUAAACGAGAAAACAUUAUAAUUUAAAAGGCUGCAAAUAAUGUUUUCUUUCUAUAAUUUUAAAAAAUUGUUUAAUUUCUGUGUCAAUUUAAAUAAAGGUGAAAUUGUAAUAUAUGUGUAUAAUUAAUUAUAAUGUAAAUACUAAAGAAAAUUGCGUUUGUGUGACUAAAACAGAUUUAAGUGGUGAUAUGUGAAGUCAAGGUGUAAGACCUACACUGACCAGACCUUUAUGUUUUUAUCUGGUGUGGGGAUGUUGCAAUUUUUCGUAAUGAUUUCUUCGGAUGGUUUCUUAAUAAUGUCGUGUAUUUUUUUAUGUUGAAAGCGUCAGAUACUGGGUUUGACAUUAUAAUCAUAACAUUGAUCAUCAGAAUAUUGGGGCUAAUAAUAUAAUUAAAAAUGGAUUCAUCUUUAUAUUCAGGAAAGAUCUUUUCGAGUGAAUGAAACGAUCGAGGCGGCCGUUUAUUUUCAAGGAAGUUCUUUCCGUUUUCUGCUCUUUUUCCCCAUCACUCACAGACAUCACUUCUACAGACGUUUAUUUUAAGACGUUUGUUUUACCCCCCCCCCCCCCUCCCUCGAAAAUGAUGUCACGUGACUGAAGAAUUUCCUGCCCUUGUCACCAAUAUGUUUUAACGGAACAUCAACAAAAACAAUAACGCCUGAGGCAAAUUAAAACUACGUUUUGUUACUUUUGAAAAAAAAAACUUCUUUUGAUAUAUACGUUUGUACAAAAAAACACAUGUAAUGUAUUAUGAAAGUAAUUGAGUCUCUUUUUAGUUCAAACCUUGUUCAAGAAAGCAAAACGAAAUACUCGUGGUCAUUUGACAAAAUCUCAAAUAUCUGUGAAAGUUCUCGAGUGACCCGGUUUAUAAUAACAGGGAAGGUUAACGGCUUUUACUUUUUAGUACGAUGUAAAAUCACUUGAUAGUCUCCGUUCUCAAGCAUUGUGAGUUAUGUUUGGGUGGGGGCUAGAAACCAUCAAUUCUUUUGUCGCCAUUUUCAUAAAAAGUGAGAAGAAUAAUUGAAGCAUCAAAAUGUUAUCUUUUAUCUAUAGAUACAGAAUGUAUUGACAGGGAAAAGUGUAGCCUAUAGGUGUGGUCUAGAAGAGAGUAGAAACGGCUUGCUCGCAACUUGGUAAAACUAGAGUCGAUCAUUGUGGUGCUAAAAACAAAACAAAACAAAAAAAAAGAGAGAUGUGAAUAAAAAAAACUAUGUGGUUUUCUUCGGUUUAGGCCAACACGACGUAACAAAUAAACCGAUUAAUGGCUAGGUUGACGUGUCCAAAGUGGCUCAAACUGGUUUGAACUAGUUUGAACCGGCUUACCAAGCCAGAUACAGGCCAGACUAGGCCAUGUUUUUUUAUACGCAGUGUUAACUGUUCUCUGUAGAAGACCCUUUGUAUAAAAUAAACCUGUGUAUAGUUUGCUAACAAUUAUAGACAAAGCCAUGUAGAUUGCACUGUCCGAACCCUUACUUUGUAUACAGUUAUCAUUAUCCAGUGGUAUUUAGCUUCGCUCUGUCACUUUCGUAAGUGACAAUUUAAUGGAUACUUUAUCUGUUUUGUAAAAAAAAAAAAAAAAAAAUACUACAAAAUAAAAUAAAAGUUAGAUUGGAUCGUUUUCACUUCCGGGUUAUCGUUAAAACAAAUGUGUAGGUCUCUUUUAAUAUACAUUGGUCUUUAAAUACUCUAGAUUUAAUAAACGGUUUAAAUUAGGAUUAUAACUUAGUAGGGUUGAACGUGUGAACUACCUUUACGUCUUCUAUAGGUCAUUAUAGCGAGAUCAUUCUAUAAAUAAACUCGUGUUUUCCGUAGCUGAUUGAUUUUUUUUUAAACAAAACUUUGGGUCCGUUUCAUGUAACAUUUUGUAAACCUUUGUAUUCAGUGGACCAAUAAUGCUUUGAAGAACCUCACAAAUUCAUUUUUCUGCGAAAUGACAAAACCGUUCAAGGAGUAUUGUGGAUGUUACCCGACUAUUGUAGAUAUGACGUUCUGUUUAAUAUCGAUGCAAGUCUCGCGAAAUUCAAAUCUUGAGACCCGUGAAAGUGCGUGAGUUUCUUUCCUUCAAAAUGUAAAGCUAUAAAGGGGAGACGCGCGGGGUCGAGCGAGACUUGCACAGUCUUUUGUUUCAUCUACCGCCACAUUUUGGAACGGUUGUAAAACAUUCUUUAAUAUUUGACGAUAAACAGUAUGUCCAAUAUGGGUCCAUGUUUAAUCCGUCAAUAUUAAUGUACCUUUAAUUAUACCUUCGAUCAUAUUCGACCGUUCCAUCUUAAAGUGGAAAUUGAAAUUGAAAUUGAAUUUUAAAACUGGUAAAGCAAAACAGCAAUAUCAACAUGGUUAAGUUGUUUACUUGACGUAGACGUUGCUAACGGUAUGAUUUUUAUUGUCAGUCUUUUGACAUGACAUUGUUGCAGUUGCAUAUUAUGAUAUUAUAAAUGUACGAUCUUCAAGGUAACUUUACUCAAUGUAAACCAGCUCGGAGGGUUGUAAUUAAAGGAGCACUCUCGUCAAGAUCAAAGCAGGCCUGUAGCUGUUCAUGGGAUUGUUAACUCUCACCUAGAUGCGCACGUGCCCUCAAUGAUACAGAGGGAGUGUGCGUGGGUGUUGUUACUGGGAUAAGAGUACAUAAUUCAACGCACAGCCAAAUGCCUGAUUUAAUCCUGACGACACAGCCCCUUUAAGCAAACCGGACCGUGAAGGACAUAAGUCAGACGUAUUCUAUAUUCAUCAAUAUGGCAGUAUUAUAAAUGAUUUCGGUGUGUAAAUUAUUACUGUUGAACAAAAAUCAAUUUGUGUUUUUGUUUUUCGAAAAAUAAAAUGGUUUAAUAACUUAUAGUCUUGGGAAUGAUUUUUAAAACAUUGGUAAUAUUUAGAUGGUGAUAAUAUUGUGUAUUCACGAUUUAUGUAUUAUGUUGAUAAAUGACAAAAAGUAAAUACAUUUUAAAAAACCAGUCCAGGUAAAAGGUAAACAGAA